AGGCUGGGGCCAGAUAUAAUAUUCCCUGCAAUUCGACAAUUUCCCUCUAAUUGGCGUUCAGUGUCCCGAAUACAUACGUACCUACCUAGCGUGAUCUACUGCGGACAGUACGCCUGCGGCUAUUUCGACUCGUACAUUGGCUAGGGGUGAAGAAUAGAAGUGUCGCAGGUCACGAUGCACGAGGCUAGGAUAUGGCUAUCUCUUUUUAUUUUAGCAUCAAACAGCGGAGGUUGUCCAAGGAUGAAGGAGAAGGUCGAAACAGGUCACUAUGUUCGAGGAACAUGGAACAAGCUGAACCAUCUCAAAUGCCGAUAUACCGAUGUGAACGGGUCAAUGGGCUGGUCGACCGGACUGGUACAUAGGGUGUACGCUGCUGUGCUCGGCUACUGUGUCCCCACUCCCCAGACCUCAUUCUGCGAGCCACACUUGCAUCUGCAUGGGAUGAUUCAUGAUGCUGGGACUUGGGAGGCUCCCGAGUGGGGUUCAGGAACGGGUAGGGGGGGUGACUCGUUGGGAUGAGACUUGGAGAGCGUUGUGACUGGGCAGAAGCUCCAGCUAUUCAACUAUCCCAGGUUCAGAUAUCCAACUCUAUUCCAUCCCUCUACGGACAGCUGAGCAAUUAAUCUAGUCACUGAUUGAUAUGUCGGUAUACAUAUGACGCAUACCAGAAUCGGACAUUUAUUGAAUCCCACCCAACUCCACGGAUCAGGUCAUCCCAUGCCCCCAUUU